ACUCUGAACUGAGAGAUUUAAUGAUGACGACAUCAUGGAGCGAUCGACUUCAGGACUAUGCAGAUCUCCCAGCAAACAUGGAUGGACUGGCGAUGAAGAAAUACAGAAGAGAGGCCUAUCAUAGAUGUCUUUGAAGGGAAGCAAACAACCUCUAACUCAACAACUGGCACAACAACAUAGAAUGCUAUAGAACUGGCACAAUCAUUUUUGCAACAAGUCAGAAAUUCAAUGACAAGAAAGCAGAGAGAGGGGGCUAUUGUUUGCUGUGGGGGUAACAGGGUGCACAGGGAAAUGUGCUUGACAGACCAGCUAGAGCAGUGACAUCCACUCAGAAUGCAGCGCACAGGUCUUACCUGGAAAAGUGAAUCAUGGGAUGUAGUCCAGUGUUAUGCCACAACAAGAGUGUUUGUGAACAGAAGUCUGGCCAUGGAAAAGAUUAAAUGUUUCGGCUUUGACAUGGACUACACUUUAGCAGUAUACAAAUCACCUGAAUACGAAUCUUUGGGCUUUGAUCUGACUGUGGAGCGGCUGGUCUCCAUUGGAUACCCACAGGAGCUGCUCGGUUUUGUUUACGACCCCACUUUCCCUACAAGAGGUCUGGUGUUUGACACCAUGUAUGGCAACCUCCUGAAGGUAGAUGCUUAUGGAAACAUCCUGGUUUGUGCCCAUGGCUUUAACUUCCUGCGAGGCCCUGACACCCGAGAGCUCUAUCCCAACAAGUUUAUCCAGCGUGAUGACACAGAACGCUUCUACAUCCUAAACACACUCUUUAACCUUCCAGAAACAUACCUUUUAGCCUGCCUGGUUGACUUCUUCUCAAACUGUGACCGAUAUUCAAGCUGUGAAACAGGCUUUAAGGAUGGAGACCUCUUCAUGUCCUUCAAGAGCAUGUUCCAAGAUGUUCGAGACGCUGUAGACUGGGUACAUUUUAAGGGAACAUUGAAGGAGAAAACAGUGGAAAACCUGGAGAAGUAUGUUGUGAAAGAUGCCAAGUUGUCAUUGCUGCUGAGCCGCAUGAAUGAAGUCGCCAAAGUUUUCUUAGCCACCAACAGUGACUACAAAUACACAGACAAAAUUAUGACAUACUUGUUUGACUUCUCCCAUGGCCCGAAGCAUGGCACUCCACACCGUCCUUGGCAGUCAUACUUCGACCUUAUCCUAGUGGAUGCUCGAAAGCCUUUAUUUUUUGGAGAGGGAACUGUUCUAAGACAGGUGGAUACGACUACAGGGCGGCUGAAAAUAGGAACAUACACUGGACCUUUACAACAUGGCAUCGUUUACUCUGGAGGUUCUUCUGAUAUUAUGUGUGACCUGCUCGGAGCAAAAGGGAAGGAUAUUUUGUACAUUGGAGAUCAUAUAUUUGGAGAUAUUCUUAAGUCCAAGAAACGACAGGGUUGGCGGACGUUCCUGGUGAUUCCUGAAUUGGCUCAGGAGCUGCAUGUGUGGACAGACAAAAGCUCUCUGUUCGAGGAACUGCAGGGCUUGGACAUUUUCUUGGCAGAAUUAUACAAGCAUUUGGACAGCAGCAGCAAUGAGAGGCCAGAUAUCAGUGCCAUCCAGAGAAGAGUGAAGAAAGUGACUCAUGACAUGGACAUGUGCUACGGGAUGAUGGGAAGUCUGUUCCGCAGUGGCUCUCGGCAGACUCUGUUUGCGUCUCAGGUGAUGCGUUACGCUGACCUGUAUGCUGCCUCAUUCAUCAACCUGCUGUACUACCCCUUCAGCUACCUGUUCAGAGCCGCCCACGUGCUGAUGCCCCAUGAGUCCACAGUGGAGCACACUCAUGUAGACAUAGAGACCGAGUCUCCUCUGGCCACACGCAACCGCCACUGUGUGGACUGCAAGGACAUCGACUGCAAAAGAAACCAGCUCACACGCUCCAUCAGCGAAAUCAAACCGCCCCACCUGUUCGCUCAGCUGCCGCAGGAAAUCACACACUGCCACGACGAAGAUGAUGACGAAGAAGAAGAGGAAGAAUAGAUGUUUUGACCUGUUCUAGGGUAAAGAUCUGUAGGAUGAUGAUGAUAGAGUGAUGAGGAUAUCGUGUGAGGUAGGAAAGAGGAUGAGUGAAUGUAUGAAGUAGACUAUAAUUGCCAAACCAAGCUGAUGUUCACAGUACCAGACUUCAGUUCACCCUAACUGAGAGUUUCCUCUGUUAAAGAAUACAUAAGUUUGUUUAAAAGCACAUGAUGUCUUGUAAUAAACAUCCAAUGGAAACACAGUGGAAGGGAUACGCACUCUACUGUAAACUGAGGGUAAAACUUAUGAGUUUCCAGCAUGCAUCAUACAGCCAGCAUGCUGGAAAAGCCUGUUAGGACGAGUGUUAAAGUCUGUGAUUGGAUCCUUACAGAUACACAUCUUAUUUGUAGGUAUGUUAUAGUCAUUUUUUACUAUUGUUUUAUAGUUUUGAACAGUUUAGACGUAACUUUCGUUGCUAGUCCAUCCAGCUUGGUACUACCUCCUGCAAAAACUGUAUCCGAUAACUGUUCCUUUAAAAAAAACUGUCUCUGUGUGUGUUAAAGCUGUGUAUGUUGGCAGGGUGUGUGUGUUGAGAAUCUGAAUGAAGCACAGAAAACCGAAGCAGGAUUCAUUGUGACGUGCAUAAGGAAGUGCAGCCAACACAAGAAUCCAGUUACUUGGCAACAGCAUGCAGCUGCUUUGUUUUUUUUUUUUUUUUUAAGAGGUUUGUUGUUAACCUCUUGGUUUUCGUCUUUUUUUUUUAAUGCAGACAUUUUGGCUAGCACUAAUGCUACAGAGUAGCAAACAGAUGCCUCGUAUAUUAGGGCGCAAAAUGAGUCCGAACACACAGACACAUUUCAGUAACUGCUCUAAUGUUGGCAACGAUGUCACAUUGAACAAAGACAUACUGUAUUUUUAUACUCUUAUAUAAGCUAAACAGAACAGUCUAGUUUUGUCUCAGAUAUUACUUGCCAUUAAUAUCUGCCUCGCACAAGACGGAUGCAAACUAUUCAAAUAUCAUACGUACAUUAAAGUGACCAUGUUAUGCAACAAAACAGUUAUAAAACUGUGUUUUAUGGCCUGUGUUAUUACACAUCAGUAAAAGAAAAGUCAUUGAGAGAAGCUAAUAGGUUGAGAAAGAUUAGUUUAAGUGCUGUUGCUUUGGUGACUGUUUCUAUGGAAAUGAAUGUAGUCCUGGAUAAUGUUUGAACUCUGUUGAUGGUUUACUGUCAUGUGGACCAAAACGGUGUAGAGAAAUUGUGUUGGAUUUAGCUUCAAGGGUCCCUUUAGACACUUUUAGGUGUCCCCACAACAAGUAUGUGGAGUUUUUAAAGAAAUAAACGUUGUUCUUGAGUGUAAUGGUGGUUCACAGUUUAGAGAGGAAGCGGUUUUAGCUGUGGGAAGUGUUCCAAGAACAUGAAACAGGUAGAUUUGGAUGGUUAGUGUGACUUUUAUAUGCAUUAAUCAGAGAUAGUAUGUAGGAUCUGAUUAAAUGAAGCUACCCAAUCCAUAGUGUAAUAUGUAUUACUCACAUGCAUAUUGUAACUGUAUUAUUUUUAUUUUAUGAGAAUGUAGUUUUUGUUUUGUUUUUUUUUCCUCAUGAGUCUGACCAUUUUUUUAAAGGGAAAACCAAGUACAGUAGGUCUAAAGUCUAAAGGUUUAUGGUGAGGCCCAAAAAGGUUUUUUUUUUUUUUUUUUUUUUUUUUUUUAGGUUUUCAAAAGUUGAAGUUUCCAAGGAAUCAGUUAAAGAUAUAUUUUUUAAUGUACAAUGCAUAUUUUAUGUGUCAGUCUUGGUUUAUAGUUUAAAAACAAAAGGAUAUCCUAAAAUGGGGCAGCUCUUUCAAAAUAUACUUGUCCUUGUGCACAGUAUAGAGAAAGAAAGAAAAAAAGAUCCAGCAUCCCUCUUUCCUCUGUUUUAAUUAGCUUUUUAUACAAACUCAGUAUUGUGGAGGUGUGUGUAUAUACAUCAUACGGCCGGUUUCCUGGGCUUUGAUUAAAACUAGUCCUGGGCUAAUUUGCACUGCUGUUGGUAGUCGUCCUUUUUAGAUGUCUAUGCAAGGGAAACUGGCUUAGAUUUAUAUAUUUU